AUUGGGGUUGUCUGCCUGGUGAUCGUGGAUGCCUUGUUGGUUCUCGGGGAAUUGCUCAUGGACUUGAAAAUCAUCCACCCGGACAAAUACCACAUAACCCCGAAGGUUUUCCACUACCUCUCCCUGUCCAUUCUCACCAUCUUCCUGGUCGAGGUGGGGUUUAAAGUCUUCGUGUACCACUGGGAGUUCUUCCAUCACAAGUUCGAGGUGAUGGAUGGGGUUGUCGUCAUCGUGUCCUUCAUCCUUGACGUUGUCCUCAUCUUCCACGAGAACGAGUUCGACGCCGUUGGGCUCCUGAUCCUCCUGCGGCUGUGGCGCGUGGCCAGGAUCAUCAACGGAAUAAUCUUAUCGGUGAAGACUCGCUCGGAGCAACAAGUGUCCAAGCUGAAACAAGCCAACCUCAAACUGGCAACCAGGGUGGAACAGCUGGAACACAGCUGUGUAGAGAAGGAGCAAGAAAUUGAGAGACUGACCAACAUCUUACGGCAGCACGGACUCCUCACGGAGCUCAAGUAG